AUGCCAAGCACAGGCUUUCAAGUCUUCGAGUGCGACAAACUCCGUCUUGCCUAUAUUGGCCCUCGGCUCAACGAGAAGAUUCGGGCCAUUACCACGGUGGGCGAGACCGUCAUCACUGCCUUGAAGCUUGAUAUCGUCGUGUGGCAUCGUGUCACAGAGAUUGGACGCCUGCGUGGGCACCACAGCUCUGCGACUGUACUGUGUCCACUCGGCUCGAGUUUCCUCAUCUCUGCCGCUGGAAGCGAGGUGAUUGUGUGGCCCUUGACAGAGCUGGGAAGCGAGAAGGCUACUGCUGAGGAUGGCGUGGUCGCACCCCUGGGGCGCUUGAAUCUGGGGGAAUUUGGCGCGGUCACCUGUGUGCGCCACCCUCCAACCUACCUGCACAAGAUCUUGAUCGCUGGAGCGACUGGCGGCAUGGAGUUGUGGAACGUGCGCUCCCGAGAGCGCAUCCAUACUUUCAAGUCCCACCUUGGUCAGGCACAGCUUAGCGGAGCGGUCGGCAUCACAUCGAUGAUGGAAGCACCAAACGUACUCGACGUCGUGGCGGUAGGCUUCGCAAGCGGCCGCAUCUGCAUGAUGAACGUUCGCGAGGACCGAGUGCUCUUCGAGUUCAAUCAAGCCCAGGGUCGUGUUACUUGCCUGGCAUUCCGAUCCGACGACAGCGCAAAGCCCAACCUGGUUAGCGGGUGUUCCACCGGCGCCUUUUCUGCGGAAUCGGAGGCUCUAGUCUAA